AUGUCAGGCUCAAUCAUAAUGCACCUCCCUCCGAUAAACCUCCAUAUCUACCCUCAGAUUGCCAUGAGUUACGGAAGCAUAUCUGUCGACGGUCGCUCACGCCCGGCCUCGCCUUCUGCGUCCCUCGAUUCUCCAGAUUUCAGCAGCGUGCAGAGGCACGUGAACCAAGCUCUCCGUUCGUCGCGGGCCUCUGUCCAGCAAAUAGAGAGACUUCAGGGCCGUCUUCACCGCAUUUACCUCCUGUCCAUCGCCGACGGCAGCCGGCUCGUACUCAAAUGCCGGCCAUCAUGCAAUACACGAUUAUUACGCCACGAGCAGCAAAGCCUGGAAGCCGAAGCCCGAGUCCUCGACAUGGUCAAGGUCAACGCGGUGUAUCUGCCCCUCCCUAGCCGCCUAAAGUACGACCCCGAGGGCAGCGGCAUCGGCGCGCCUUUUCUCCUCCGCAGUUAUCUCCUCGGAACGCCGCUCUCACACCCAGCGCUCCGCCUCUCUACCGCCGAACGCGCCCGCAUAGACGCAACACUAGGCGCCCACCUCCGCUCGCUCUCCGCGCUCCGCGCACCCGCUUUCGGACCCUUCUGCCGCGUCCUGGCCGGCACAGGCAGCCCGACCUGGCGCGAAGCCUUCCUCUCGCUCCUCGAGUCCGUCCUUCGCGACGCCGAGGACAUGAUGCUCUCCGUCCCGUACGACGGCAUCCGGUACUGCGUCGCGCAGCAUGCGCACCUGCUCGACCAGGUCACCGAAGCGCGCCUCGUGGCGCUGGAUGCGGGAUUGCCGCGCAAUGUGCUGGUGGACGAGCGCUCCCGCCAGGUAUGCGGCUUGCUCGGGUUCGGAAACGUCGUGUGGGGCGAUCCGGCCAUGGCGGGCGUGUUCGCGGGCGCGAGUGAGGCUUUCUACGAGGGGUUUGGCCAGCUGCCUGCGAGGAGUGGGGCGGAGCGGGUUAGGAUGUUGAUAUACGCUGUCUAUAGAGCAGUCGUCGCGGUUGUAACACAUUACUACCGGCCGCAGUCGGACGACGAGGAGCUGGAAGCACGGCGGUCGCUAACCUGGGCGCUGAACCAGCUUGCAGUCGUGUGA